AUUCUCACUCCAAAUGUACACUAAAUAACCCAUUAGAUUCCUCGAGUAAAAGUAUCUUGAUAGGAUUUGCUGACUUACAUGACCUUGUCAGUUACUUGUAUGCUUUUUACACAAGUUUACAAAUUGAUUUAGACUCACAAUGUGAAAUUCUACCUGUAUGCAUCAGUAGUAAAGAUACAGAGACAGUCCUAAACAAGCAGAUCAAGAAUUAUUUUGAAGAUCAGAAACUAAAGAACACAAAACAAAAAAAGGUUGCUUACCAGUAUAUCAAAUCUUGUUGCAAGGAACAUUCUGUUAGCAAUGAAAAAGAUGAUCAAGCUGUUCUGUUGAAGAGUCAAGUUAUAACAAAGGUAUUCAAAUUUGUAUAUAUGAAAAACUACAUGCAAAAUAGAAGAAAAAAUAAAACAUUCAGGGAAAAAGAAUUAAAUGCUAAAAGAUAUUCAAGAAAAGAUAAAAAUUAUAGAAAACUGAAGCAGAAAGUAAGAAGUCUCAAAGAGAUAAUUCUGAUUUUAGACAGAUAGAGAGACAAAGAGAACUUUCUUCUAAAAGGGAAGCUAGAAAGGAUAAAAACUAUAGAAAAGUUGAAGCAGAAAGUAAGAAGUCUCAAAGAGAUAAUUCUGAAUUUAGUCAGAUAGAGAGACAAAGAGAUCUUUCUUCUAAAAGAGAGGCUAGAAAGGAUAAAAAUUAUAGAAAAGUUGAAGCAGAAAGUAAGAAGUCUCAAAGAGAUAAUUCUGAUUUUAGACAGAUAGAGAGACAAUGAGAUCUUUCUUCUAAAAGAGAGGAUAGAAAGGAUAAAAAUUAUAGAAAAGUUGAAGCAGAAAGUAAGAAGUCUCGAAGAGAUAAUUCUGAUUUCAGACAGAUAGAGAGACAAAGAAAACAUUCUUCUAAAAGAGAGGCAAGAAAGGAUAAAUAUUAUAGAAAAGUUGAAGCAGAAAAUAAGAAGUCUCAAAGAGAUAAUUCUGAUUUUAGACAGAUAGAGAGACAAUGAGAUCUUUCUUCUAAAAGAGAGGCUAGAAAGGAUGAGGAUUUAAAUAAAAGAGAACUUGCUGCUAAAAGAGAAGUUAGAAAGGAUAUGAAUUAUAGAAAAGCUGAAGCAGAAAGUAAGAAGUCUCGAAGAGAUAAUUCUGAUUUUAGACAGAUAGAGAGACUAAGAGAACAUUCUUCUAAAAGAGAGGCAAGAAAGUAUGAAGACUUCACAAAAAGAGAACUUGCUGCUAAAAGAGAAGUAAGAAAGGAUAACAAUUAUAGAAAAGCUGAAGCAGAAAUUAAGAAGUCUCAAAGAGAUAAUUCUGAUUUUAGACAGAUAGAGAGACAACGAGAUCUUUCUUCUAAUUUUAAGAGAGGCUAGAAAGGAUAAAAAUUAUAGAAAAGUUGAAGCAGAAAGUAAGAAGUCUCAAAGAGAUAAUUCUGAUUUUAGACAGAUAGAGAGACAAAGAGAUCUUUCUUCUAAAAGAGAGGCUAGAAAGGAUAAAAAUUAUAGAAAAGUUGAAGCAGAAAGUAAGAAGUCUCAAAGAGAUAAUUCUGAUUUUAGACAGAUAGAUUGACAACAAGAUCUUUCUUCUAAAAGAGAGGCUAGAAAGCAUGAGGAUUUAAAUAAAAGAGAAUUUGCUGCUAAAAGAGAAGUUAGAAAGGAUAUGAAUUAUAGAAAAGCUGAAGCAGAAAGUAAGAAGUCUCGAAGAGAUUAUUCUGAUUUUAGACAGAUAGAGAAACAAAGAGAACAUUCUACUAAAAGAGAGGCUAGAAAGGAUGAAGAUUUCACAAAAAGAGAACUUGCUGCUAAAAGAGAAGUAAGACAGGAUAACAAUUAUAGAAAAGCUGAAGCAGAAAGUCAGAAGUCUCAAAGAGAUCAUUCUGAUUUUAGACAGAUAGAGAGACAAAGAGAACAUUCUUCUAAAAGAGAGGCUAGAAAGGAUGAAGAUUUCACAAAAAGAGAACUUGCUGCUAAAAGAGAAGUAAGAAAGGAUAACAAUUAUAUAGAAAAGCUGAAGAAGAAAGUCAGAAGUCUCAGAGAUAAUUCUGAUUUAAGACAGAUAGAGAGACAAAGAGAACUUUCUUCUAAAAGAGAGGCUAGAAAGAAUGAAGAUUUCACAAAAAGAGAACUUGCUACUAAAAGAGAAGCUAGAAAGAAUGAUGUUUUCAAAAGAAAUGAAGCAGAAAAGAAAAAAAUAGCAAGACAAGAUGAAGAGUACAGAAAACAUGAGUCCGAACGAGACUUCCACAGAAAACAAGAAUCUAGGUCAAAUCCAGAAAAUUUAGAGUACAAGCGUUUGACAAAACAGAGUUCUAAACAGAAAAACCUAGACAAAGACAGAAGUUGUAAUCAGUCAGUCAAAAAUACUAAAAAUAAAGACACCGAUUUUACAGAUCAUGAAAAGAACUAAAAAAGAAAAGAAUUCAAGGCAUACGAUAUUUUGAAACAAAAAUUAAUGAAGGUCCUACAUAUAUAUGUCCUUCAUGUCAUCAAACUUGGUUCUGUGAUUCUGUAGUUAAUGCUAAAACAGUUAAAAUGAAUACUCCUGCUAACAUGUCUCAUUGCUUUACCAAUUUUAAAUCUGUACAACACAUAGAAUGGAUAUGCCACACUUGUCUCAAUGCAAUUAAAAAACAAAAAAAUUCCUCGAUUUUCAAUAGCCAAUAAAAUAGGAUUUCCUCAAAGACCAAAAGAAAUAAAUUUGUAUCCUUUUGAAGAGAGACUGCUAUCAUUAAGAAUUCCUUUUAUGCAGAUUCGACAGUUGCAUGCCUAGAGGUGGACAGUUAUCAGUUAAAGGCAAUGUUGUAAAUGUGCCUGUUGAAGUUCAACCUACAAUAAAUUCACUUCCACAUACAUCAGACAAAUCGGGUACAAUAUCAGUUAAACUGAAGAAGAAACUGGCAUUCAAAAAGUGUGAUUUUAGUGAAAAUGUCAGACCAUUUGCUGUUAUUUGUGCAUUACAUUAUUUGAUGAGAACAAGUGACUUGUACAAGUCUUCUGGAAUAGAAAUAAAUAAGGAUUGGAUUACAGAAAUAGCAAAAAUAAAUAAAGAAGAAACACAAAAUGAAAUAAAAUGCUCCGCUGGGCGCAGCUUGAUACGACCGCAGAGGUCAAACCCUGAACAGUUGGGGCAAGUUAUGACACAACAUUCAAGCUUGAUACAGCUCUGAAUUUGGAUUGUGAUUAAAUAUUUGACACAGCAUAGGUUUCUGACACAGAAUGAAUGUGGUCUAAGAACUUAAAAAUUUUAAAUUGGACAUUCACCUAUUAUGGUCCAAUAUCCAAAAUCUAAAUACAUGGUUAGAUUCAGCAUAUCAAAAAAACCCCAAUAAUUCAAUUUUUGAUGAAAUCAAACAAAGUUUAAUUUUGGACCCUUUUGACCUCAAUGUGGACAAAGUUGAUAACGGGGCCCAAAAAUCAAAAUUCUAAAUACAUGGUUAGAUUCAGCAUAUCAAAGAACCCCAUAUAUUCAAUUUUUGUUGAAAUCAAACAAAGUUUAAUUUUGGACCCCGAUUUGGACCAACUUGAAAACUGGGCCCAUAAUUAAAAAUCUAAAUACAUGUUUAGAUUCAGCAUAUCAAAGAACCCUAAGAAUUCAAUUUUUGUUCAAAUCAAACUAAGUUUAAUUUUGGACCCUUUAGACCUUAAUGUAGACCAAUUUGAAAACGGAACCAAAAAUUAAGUAUCUAAAUACACGGUUAGAUUCGGCAUUUCAAAGAACCCCAAUAAUUCAAUUUUUGAUGAAAUCAAACAAAGUUUAAUUUUGGACCCUUUGGAC